AUGACUGAUAUAACUAUUCCUGAAUUUUUUAGUGGCAAGGAAAUUUUCAUAACUGGAGGAAGCGGAUUUAUCGGAAAAGCCCUAAUCGAGAAACUCCUACGAUGCUGUCCUGAAUUAAAUACCAUUUAUCUCCUGGUCAGAAGUAAGAAAAACCAGAAGCCACAGGAACGAGUCAGAACCAUCCUGGACAAUCCGUUAUUUGAUACAAUAAGACAAAUCAAUCCAAAGGCUUUGGACAAAGUCCAGGCCAUCACGGGUGAUGUCAGCGAAUUGCGAUUGGGCCUAGAUAAGGAAGACAGGAAAAAAAUUUUAGGCUGCCAUGUCGUUUUUCAUGCUGCAGCAAGUGUCAGAUUCGACGAUCCCCUAAAACAGGCAACCCUGAUGAACACUCGAGGAACCCGUGAAUUGAUGGAACUAAUGUUGGAGAUGCCCAAUUUGGUGGUUGGUGUCCAUGUGUCAACUGUCUAUUGCAACACCGACAAAGAUGUCAUCGAAGAAAAAGUGUACAGGGAUCACGGAAAUUGGAGAGAAGCCAUCAGAUUGGCAGAAGGAUACCAGGACGACUAUACAAUGGCUUGUUUAACCGAAAAAUGUCUGAAUGGUUUGAAAAAUACUUACACUUACACCAAACAUUUGGCAGAGAAUGUCGUUGAAGAUUACAGCCAUCGUCUGCCUUUGGUUAUAUAUCGACCAGGAGUUGUCAUCUCCAUGUGGAAGGAUCCUUUGCCAGGAUGGAAUGACAAUUUGAAUGGACCUAUUGGCCUCGAAUUAGCAUCAGGAAAAGGAUUUUUGAGAGUUGUGCAAGGAGAUCCUGAUCAUAUAUUAGACAAUAUGCCGGUUGAUCUUGUUGUAAACGGUAUGGUGACUGCCGCUUGGCAAAAAGGAACGAGAAGAGAUACAGAAACUCUUCCAGUCUACAAUUGUACCAUGGACAGGUACAUGAACUAUACUCAUUCAGAAAUCCGAGACAUGGCACUUGCAGAAGUUAGCAAUUAUCCGUUUAAUGGCACCAUGUGUCCUCCUCAAAGGCAGAGUAGCCUGCGAAAUGGGCAACAACGAACUCAUAAUAACCGAGAUCAUCUUCCGAAACAUCCUAAAAGACCUACCACCUGCCGAAAUCGCGGCUCUGCUCAGCUGCCUAGUUUUCCAGGCCAAUGCGAAAAGAUCGAAAUCCCCAAAUUUUCCAAAAAUGCAUCGGCGAGAUAA